UAUAGUUCCGUAGUACUCCACUGUAUGAAUGAACCACUGUUUCUUUUACUGGGCCUCUCACUCAUGAACAUUCAGGCAUUUGCAGUCUUUUGCUUGUAGCCAAAAGGCAACAGAGGGCAGGAUUCCUAGGUGUGGAGAGGCUGGGGCAGAGGGUACGUCUCCUGUCCUUUUGAAAGAUCUUGCCAAAGCGCUGUCUAGCCACACGCCCCUGCCCUCCGCCCUCCCCGUGGGAGGGGACAGACAGAGCUGUGUCCUGGGCUUCGACACUUGAGGCACCUUCCCAUUCUGGUCCGACACUGCCAGCCUGGACUAGAAGAAGCUUCUGGACACUGGGAGAAAGCAGCUCAUGACCAAACCGAGAGGCUGUGUGGUAGGAUCCCACCUCUGAUGCUCUUCUAGCAGGUCGGCUCAGCAUGUCGGUCAGCGUCCACGAGACCCGCAAGUCGCGGGGCAGCACGGGCUCCAUGAACAUCACACUCUUCCAUAAGGCCUCGCACCCUGACUGCGUGCUGGCGCACCUCAACACGCUGCGCAAGCACCGCAUGUUCACCGACGUGACGCUCUGGGCCGGCGACCGUGCCUUCCCCUGCCACCGCGCCGUGCUGGCCGCCUCCAGCCGCUACUUCGAGGCCAUGUUCAGCCACGGCCUGCGGGAGAGCCACGACGACACGGUCAACUUCCAGGACAACCUGCACCCCGAGGUGCUGGAGCUGCUGCUGGACUUCGCCUACUCGUCGCGCAUCGUCAUCAACGAGGAGAAUGCCGAGUCGCUGCUGGAGGCGGGCGACAUGCUGCAGUUCCACGACGUGCGGGACGCGGCCGCCGAGUUCCUGGAGAAGAACCUGUUCCCGUCCAACUGCCUGGGCAUGAUGCUGCUGUCGGACGCCCACCAGUGUCGCCGGCUCUACGAGUUCUCCUGGCGCAUGUGCCUGGUGCACUUCGAGGCUGUGCGCCAGAGUGACGACUUCAACAGCCUCUCCAAGGACACGCUGCUGGACCUCGUCUCCAGUGAUGAGCUGGAGGCGGAGGACGAGCGCGUGGUCUUCGAGGCCGUGCUGCAGUGGGUCCGGCACGACCUGGAGCAGCGCAAGGCCCACCUGCCCGAGCUCCUUCGCGGUGUGCGGCUGGCCCUGCUGCCCUCCGACUGCCUGAAGGAGGCCGUGUCCGGAGAUGCCCUGCUCAUGGCAGAUGAGCGCACGCGGCUGCUGGUGGACGAGGCGCUGCGCUGCAAGGCCCGAAUCCUGCAGAAUGACGGCGUGGUCACCAGCCCUUGCGCCCGGCCGCGCCGGGCCGGCCACACGCUGCUCAUCCUCGGGGGCCAGACCUUCAUGUGCGACAAGAUCUACCAGGUGGACCACAAGGCCAAGGAGAUCAUCCCCAAGGCGGACCUGCCCAGCCCCCGCAAGGAGUUCAGUGCCUCGGCCAUUGGCUGCAAGGUCUAUGUCACGGGGGGCCGAGGCUCCGAGAACGGGGUCUCCAAGGAUGUGUGGGUGUACAACACGGUCCACGAGGAGUGGUCCAAGGCGGCGCCCAUGCUGAUCGCCCGCUUUGGCCACGGCUCUGCCGAGCUGGAGAACUGUCUCUACGUGGUUGGGGGCCACACAUCGCUGGCCGGCGUCUUCCCGGCCUCGCCGUCAGUCUCGCUGAAGCAGGUGGAGAAGUACGACCCCGGGGCGAACAAGUGGACCAUGGUGGCCCCGCUGAGGGACGGCGUCAGCAACGCCGCAGUGGUGAGCGCCAAGCUGAAGCUCUUUGUGUUCGGCGGCACCAGCAUCCACCGGGACAUGGUGUCCAAGGUCCAGUGCUACGACCCAUCAGAGAACCGGUGGAGCAUCAAGGCUGAGUGUCCGCAGCCCUGGCGCUACACUGCAGCUGCCGUGCUAGGCAGCCAGAUCUUCAUCAUGGGCGGCGACACGGAGUUCACGGCCGCCUCCGCCUAUCGCUUCGACUGCGAGAGCAACCAGUGGACACGGAUCGGGGACAUGACCGCCAAGCGCAUGUCCUGCCACGCACUGGCGUCAGGCAACAAGCUGUAUGUGGUGGGGGGCUACUUCGGCACCCAGCGGUGUAAGACCCUGGACUGCUACGACCCCACCUCGGACACGUGGAACUGCGUCACCACCGUGCCCUACUCGCUCAUCCCCACGGCCUUCGUCAGCACCUGGAAGCACCUGCCCGCCUGAGGCAGCUGCGGAGCCAGCCAGACGCUGUGUGUUUCUCCCCGCCCCACGGCCGCGGCCCUCGCUCUUGCACGUGGCCUGACCUUGUCUGUGGGUCGCUCCGCCUGGCCCACUGCUCUGAGUGGCCAGAAGCCAGCCCACCAGCCCUGGGAGCGGCGGCCUCGGGGGCUGCUCCGAGCUUCAGGGAAGAAGAGCCGUCUCCCGUGUCCUGUGGGUCUGGCUGAGGCCUUGCCUGCUUUGUGGUGGUUUGCGGGGGGAGAAGACCUUCCAGGGGGCUGUGGACGGACAGCAGGAGUCCCUCGGCCUGGAGGAGAAAGACACGUCUGCAGAGCCUUGAGGGCACCCUGGACUGGGGCGGGGGCUGGGCGGGUGUGGGACAGCACAGUCUUGGGCUCCGGGCUUCCCUGGUGGUGGUGUAAAAUCUCCCCACACAGGACGCCCCCAGCCCCUGGGAACUGGGUGUGUGGGGGCUGAGCAGGAUUGUGCUGUGGAGAAAGUCUUACGGGAGAGAACCGUUCAGUGACAGCCACCAGGCCACCAGUGUUAAACAGGCUCCCGAGAGGCGGGCCUCACCCCCAGCGACCCCACCAUCUCCCGGGUGCAAGCACAGGUGUGCAGGGACCCUGGGGGGCUGCCCAUCACCUCCCCUCAGCGCCCAGCCCAAGAGGCAGGGAUGACCCCAGAAUUGGCCCCUACCUGCCCAGACCAGGAGCACAUGUGAGCUGGGGCCCACUGGGGGACUCCAGGAUGCCCACGACAGACCCCACCAAGGGCUGGACUCAGCUUGGAGAGGAUGACAAAGCCCUGUGCCACUGGCCUCUCAACCUUCUAACUGGUGAUGGGGUCUGCCUCACGUGUCCCCUAAGCUCACAACGUGACAGUGGUUGCAAGAGAACUGCCAAGCAUUUGUUCAUUCUCCCACCUUCCAAGUAUUGGGCACCUCACAGGUCCAGCUGCAGCCUCGGGCUUCUGGAAAGGUCAGCUCCUAUGGGUGCCCCUUCACCUAGCGUUUGAGGGUCUGACCUUGUCCCUUGCCUGCCCCGGUGCACUGCGUGGCCUGGGGCUCCCAGGUAGGCUGUACUACUCGUGGGGCCGGUUGCUUCCCAGUUGGCCCUGCCCCCAACAGGACCUCUGUGCUGGCUCCAGGCCUGUGGGUGUCCCCGGGGCCCCAAGGGCAUCUUUAGGGCAGGAUUGGCCCAGAGAUGUGCACCAGCCAUAGGCCAUCCGCUUCCCCUGGGGAAAAAGCAGAAGGCGCGUCUCCAGGUUCCUGGGACCCCACGGCCCCCACCUGUGUCUGAGGCUCCACCUUGCUCUCGGUGCUUCCUCUCAGACACCCAGAAGCCAGGGGCCUGGUCCCUGGAGAUGGCUCGGCCCGAGAUGCCGGGGAAGCGGCAGCCCCGGUCCAGCGCCCGCACCGCCUGGCCUGUUGGAUUGCUGUGCUAGGCACGGGUCUGGCAGCACAAAGGACCUCACAGUGGUGCUUUCUCCACAAGUUGUGUUGUUUUUACCCAUUUCUAACUUAAUAAAAGAGUUGAGAAAUCUUGC